AUGGUGCCGACCGCAGUGAUUACAGGCGCCAAUUCGGGUAUCGGAAAUGCCCUCGCCAAGAUUCUUGUACAAGAAGGCUACAGGGUCAUUGCGGCAGAUAUUGAGAUCGGCGCAGCCAUCCAAUCCCUCGACUGUGAAACCGCUCAGCUGGAUGUUUCAUCUCCAGAUUCCAUCGCCUCUUUUGCAAAAAGCACCGGUACUCAGCCAAUUGACCUGUUACUCAACGUAGCCGGGAUUAUGGUACCCCAUGAUGCUGACACUCUCGAGACGGUGGACAUUUGCGAAUUUCAAAAGACGUUUGCUGUGAACACUUCUGGCCCCCUGCUGCUUACACAGGCGCUUUUACCGAACGUACUAUCUUCCCAACACCCCAAGAUCGCGGUCAUGUCGUCGCGAGUCGGAAGCAUGGGCGACAAUAGCUCUGGAGGCGCGUACUCGUAUCGCGCGUCGAAAGCUGCUGUCAAUGCACUAUUCAAGAACAUGGCUAUUGACUUGAAAGAUAGAAAUGUACCAGUCAUCUUGCUGCACCCGGGUAUCGUGAAGACAAAGCUGGACCCAAGGAAUAAAGAGGGCGCAGUACCGGGCGCAGUGGAGCCGAGCCACGCGGCUGCGGAUCUUUGGAAGGUUUUGGCAACUAAGGGGCUGGAGAGUACAGGAAUGUUUUUCCAUCGUAGUGGCGAGGAACUACCUUGGUAG